GUGCCCGCACGCGAUAAAUACCUACCAUAUCUUGAGAAGUUUCUUACGAAGUCGGAUGGUCGAUAUUUAGUCGGAAAAACGAUAACAUGGGCUGACUUUGUGGUCAGUGAAUCACUCGCAACUUGGGAAGAUUUGGUUCCUGGCUUCUUGAAUGGUGUUCCGAAACUUAGGAAAUAUACGAAAGCGGUUCGUCGGCUACCAAACAUCGCAAAAUGGAUCGACGAAAGGCCAAAAACGGCUUUUUAA